AUGGCAACAAUAUGCUGGUUCAGUGGAAAACCUCCUCCACUACCUUUACACUACCAGUUGGGAAGGUUUCACGGCAUGCAAUACCGAUGCUGCUCAAACAGUAAUACACCCAAUAGCAGAAAGACUAAUACAAGUUUUAACAGAAAAAGAGAAACCGAAACCCCUCAGAUAUUGAAAAUAGCAGUGAGCGGAGUGACGGAGCUCUUGAGGCUUUUCUCUCCUUCCAAUCAAACAAGCGUUUUGAGUGGAGAUAUUGAGAAACAGAGAGAUGAAUUUUCAGUUUCUAGCGUCGAUGAUGUUCUAAUGAUCAUCAAAUCUGAUUAUGAGAACGCUUAUUUUGUUACAGGGAACUUCACUUCUUCAAUUUAUGCCCCAAACUGUAUUUUUGAAGACCCAACUAUUAAAUUUCGCGGUAGGGAGUUAUAUGCGCGCAACUUGAAAUUGCUUGUUCCCUUCUUUGACUGUGCGUCAAUUAGACUACAAAAGAUUGAGAAGGAUGUUGAUUCUGAAACAAAUUUUGUGCUGGCAACUUGGAAAUUAAGGACCAAUUUAAAGCUUCCUUGGAGGCCUCUGAUUUCUAUUGAUGGAAGCACAUAUUAUGAAUUGAAUGAAGAUUUCAAAAUUGUUAGGCAUGUGGAGAGUUGGAAUGUUUCUGCACUUGAAGCAGUUUUGCAGAUUUUCGCCUUUAAGUUUGAAAACUCGGGUGGUUGA